AUGGCACCGGUCACAUGUGAUCGGCCUCGCGUGCAUCGUCGUGUGCUGCUGGUGGCUGUGCUGGGAUCGCUGCUCCGCGGUCUUUCCUUCACCUUUUGGUCAUCGGCGCUUGAAGGCACUCGGGCUGGACCGGCAUCGGCGAUCGCACGACGGGCCAGCAAGGAGGAGUCGCAAGUCCUCAAGCUUUGUGAUGAAUACCCGCUGAACGAUGCGGAUAUUGAUGAUCAAGAGGAGAUGAUGACGGCGGUGAAGAAGCUUCCCGAGGCUCCGGACGACUGCUAUCAGCUCUUUUUGGGCGACUGGAAGGUCGAAUGGAGCUCCAUGGGGGGGCAAGGCGGCCAAGAAGAAACCGGACCCCAAUGGGCCACCACAGAGAUUGAAUUUUGUCUCCUUCAUGGCGUUGCCACCUGUGGAUGUGGAGUUCACCGGUUCAUUCAACCGCGUCAGCGGCGAUGGUGA